AUGUCGUGGAAACUCACCAAAAGCAAGUCGUUCCCUUUACUUUUACUUUGGUUCAAAGCUUCAACAUUACCCUAUUUCUGGUUGCUAAUAGAUUGGCUCUCCCUAGAAUUGAAAGACACCCAUCUUGCCCCUCUUACCAACUCAUUUAGCCGUACGUCUUCAACAUCUACAAUCAAACCGGACGCUCUUGAAGAUGCGGCUUCACAAGCCUCUACCCCCUCGCCCAUUUCCACCCCUAGCAAUGGCACAGCCAUGUCUGAUCCCAUGCUCUCCCCUCCUCCUACCCAUGUGAAGUCGGGAAUUCUUAUUGUUACUCUUCACGAAGGCCGUGGGUUUUCACUCUCUCACCAGUAUCAACAGUUGUUCAACUCGCACUUCCAGAACAACUAUACUGGUCCAAUUAGACCAAAUUCUUCUUCUUCACACAUGGGCCAUGGACAUGUCACACAGUCUUAUUCUCAUACAGGCCGACCGCAAUCUACCAGUGGUGGCAUCAACGCUGCCCCUACAAACCAUGGGCGCUAUUCCACCAAGUAUUUGCCCUACGCAUUACUUGAUUUUGAUAAACUCCAGGUUUUUGUUGAUGCAGUAUCGGGAACCCCCGAAAACCCACUUUGGGCCGGAGAUAACACAUCGUUCAAGUUCGAUGUUUCACGUGCAACAGAGCUGAACGUCCAGCUGUACCUGAGGAAUCCGGCAGCCAGGCCCGGCGCUGGUCGGAGCGAAGAUGUUUUCUUGGGGAUGUGCCGCAUAACUCCUCGCUUUGAGGAAACUCGGAAGUUUGUUGAAGACCCUAAAGCAAGCAAGAAAGAUCGUGAAAAGGCGGCAGCAGCAUUUGUGCAACAGGAGCGCAGCCGUGGCCAAGUCGGCGCAGAAUGGACCACUGUGCAAUUUGGCACUGGCGCCAUCAGAGUCGGUGUCUCCUUCGUCGAAAAUCGACAGCGAAGCCUUGCCAUGAGCGACUUUGAAUUGCUCAAGGUUGUUGGCAAAGGUAGUUUUGGCAAAGUUAUACAAGUGCUGAAACGCGACACAGGGCGCAUCUAUGCCAUGAAAACCAUUCGCAAGGCUCAUAUUAUCUCUCGUUCUGAGGUUGCCCAUACUUUGGCAGAGAGAUCCGUUCUCUCCCAGAUCAAUAACCCUUUCAUUGUUCCACUUAAGUUUUCAUUUCAAUCUCCAGAGAAACUUUAUCUUGUGCUGGCAUUUGUGAACGGAGGAGAAUUGUUCCACCAUCUUCAGAAGGAGCAGCGUUUUGACAUAAAUAGAUCUCGAUUCUACACUGCUGAACUACUGUGUGCUUUGGAGUGUUUGCAUGGGUUUAACGUCAUUUAUCGAGACUUAAAACCCGAGAACAUCUUGCUUGACUAUACAGGCCACAUCGCUUUGUGUGAUUUUGGCCUGUGCAAGCUUGAUAUGAAGGAUGAAGAUCGUACCAACACAUUCUGUGGUACUCCCGAGUAUCUCGCCCCAGAACUUCUAGCCGGGAAGGGAUACACUAAGGCUGUUGAUUGGUGGACCCUGGGAGUUCUUCUUUACGAAAUGCUUACUGGACUGCCACCUUUUUACGAUGAGGAUACUAACGAAAUGUACCGCAAAAUUAUCCAAGAACCACUUACUUUCCCCAGUUCCGAUAUCGUCCCUGGCGCUGCUAGAGACCUUCUCAUGGGACUACUUAACCGUGACCCCGACCGCCGCUUGGGGGCCAACGGCGCUGCCGAGAUUAAAGCGCAUCAUUUCUUCACGAACAUCGACUGGCGCAAGCUCCUACAAAGGAAAUAUGAGCCAAGCUUCAAACCGAAUGUGAUGGAUGCUCGUGAUACUGCGAAUUUUGAUACCGAAUUCACGUCUGAAGCCCCUACCGAUUCUUAUGUUGAAGGUCCUGUUCUUUCUCAAACCAUGCAGAAGCAGUUCGAAGGCUGGUCCUAUAACCGUCCAGUUGCCGGUCUCGGCGAUGGCGGGGGCAGUGUGAGAGACCCCGCCUUUGGGAGUAUCGCGGAGUAG